UUUCGCACAGAAACACACGUUAAAUCAUAUGUAAACACAUCAUAUUCUGUUAAUACACUGGGUAAUGUUCCGCAACUGCACCUUUGCCCGAUAACUUUCUUUUUUCUCUAUAGAUACGUGCACAUAAUAUAUAUAUAUAUAUUAUAUUCUCUCUCUGUUCACACGCGCCGCCUGUGUUGUGUCACACUCUAUCACUGUAUGAUCGAUGUGCGUACUAUGUUCUUCUACUCCUUCGGUGUUUUCGACGUCACGACGACCAGCUGUGUCGUCCGGCGCCUUAAUUAAUCCCCUUCCUCCCCACCCCCUCACCCCCAAACCAGGAGCACGGUUUUGCACAUUUUUCGGGCACCUGUUGAUCUCUCUCGUACUACAUAGCCACUUUUCCGCACUUUAAAGUCGUUCGGAGAGUUCGAUGUCACCGCUGCACGCCGUGUCACACCGCACGUAGAAUCUCGUAUAACGCCUCACUGGCACACAGGCACCUCCAAAAGUCAAGCACCGUGAACAGACACACGGAGCCCUUCAACAGCAUGGAAACCAGAGAUAGAAAGCAGUUUUCUAUGACGUCAUCGAGGACAGUAAGUGUCUAAUUUAAGACAGAAACCAGUAUAGAGAAUCUGCAGACGCAGCCAAGGGACCGCAAGUGGUCGUGGAUCCUGGAAAUUGGACUUUCGAUUUCUACUGGGGAAAGUAAAGGGAUCAGAAAGUGGAGAGUAGUAUGUUGUAAUAGAGACAGAGGAGAGAAAGAAUCGCGAUGCAGGCAACAGGGAGAGAGGACAGGGGUAAGAGCAGGAGGACCAGGAGAAAAAUCGAGUUUCGUUGUUGCCCACACUAUCGAGCACCUUAAUAAGCAUCCACGACCAGCACCAGCACCAUUCAUCACUGGCACUGCAUAUUAUUCUUCAGACACACGCCUUAGUGUCGACUAAGAGCCAUCCUUUUUUUUACUAACGGCCUGAUUUCAGGACGCGGAAAUCCUCGAGAGCCUCUGUUGACAUUGAGUGGAACGAAUCGUCGGGAAUUUUCGGAAAUGCGACAUUAACGAGACACGAUCGUGGACUGUGCAACGAUCGUCGACCGAAUCGAGUCAAAUCGAAGAGAAACGAAGAGAAGAAGGAAAUCAAAAGAGAAUAGAAUAGGUGAUGUUCUUAUUGAUCUCCCUAUUCCGAUUAUAUCCGAAGAUUUAGAAGAGUGUUCGAUGAAAGAAGAAAAGCAACAAAGUAGAAAGACGAAAGAUAGAAUAAAAGUAGUUGAACGCGUUUAAGAAACGUUUCGUUUCCCAUGUAACGAAUGCCUACACGGUUAUCGAUUGAUCGCCGGUCAUCGCUCAUCGUCCGCGUUUUCUUCCCUCAAGUCGCUCCCUACAGAAAAGCUUCCUCCCCCUGCACAGCUAACGAAAAGUCGGCCUAAACUCUCAGCGUCGUGCCUUUUGACUGGCAAACGAAAAUUGAGCGUGGUACGUGUAUACAAUAAAAAGCGCUAAAAACGAAACAACAUACAUAAAAUAAGAAAAAGUAACAAAGGCGAAAUUACAUAAAGAAUCGAUCCAAGAAGAGAGAAAAGAAGAAGAGGAGAGAAACAAAAGACACUUAAUUUUUAAUCGAUUCGAAAGCCAGCCCGGUUAAAUCCGGUAAAAAUUGUGACAUAUAUGAUGGCGGUAUGCAUGUUCUGGCUUCUCACGUACGUGGGACAAGGGCUGGACCUCGCCGUGGGGAAUCGUCCGGUGAUCAUCAUGCAGGGUGCACAGGAGCAGGACUACCGGCACGGUAGCGGGAUCAGAAAGAAGAGCGAGCUAAACUCGGUAGGCAAUAACCUGUUGCACUUCAGGAUAUAUCCUCCCGAGGCCUCUCACCGAGACGACCUGUCCAACUGGUUGCUAUUGAACGACGAGCCACGAAUUUCCUCGUGGACACCAGCUGGUAUAUUGAUCGACGAUAUGAUCAGAGAGCCUAGGGAGCUACAGACUGUAUUCUUUGCCCUGUCACCCGCUAUGUUGAACAUGCUCUACUCUGAAUACAUGAACACGGCGACACAACCGGGCGAACAAUUUCUACACGAAGAUCAACAACAACAGCCAAUGGGCGGUGGCUCUCUGGGUAGCCAACGUACUAAGAAACUACGAAUCGACUGUAGACACUCGAGAAAUACGGUCAGCUUGCCUAUAAGAGUAUGCGACGAUGAAACAGGACGCAAGAGCUUUCAAGAAACCAGACAAUCGAAUUACGACGAUCUCUUCGAGCAGAAGUUAAACACUGCUGCGAACAUGAAGACUGACUCGAUAUCACGGGGACCUGAGAAGUACAGGGAUUAUCAGAAUGGCGCGAUGUUUGUGUCGAGGCCACCGUUUGGCCUGGACACAGCCAAGCCUCCCGGAAAGAGAAGCCAAACUCUUGUCGGACGCCGCUCCAUGGACCUCUCCGGAGAGUCGACUCCGCAUCAAGCUCAACCGCCGUCCUCCCUCGGGAACAGCAUCAACGUCGCUUCUCAAAUUAUGUUCAGAUCCACCAGGGGAAGCAUACAGUACGACGUACCGCAAAUCGAAUGUCCAAUCUCCGAAGACGGGAUGGAAAGGUUUGCGUGUCCCACAGCGGACAGAAUGGGUAGAUACCAUUGCAUCGACGAUCACGCCUUGUGCGACGGUUUCAUAGACUGCCCUACAGGCGAAGACGAGGACAGGCAAGCCUGCAUGUUUUACAAAACUACGAAAGCUCACCUUGACGUAUUGGCAGAUGCCAUUUUGCGAUGGGCAAGAGGACGCUAAUUCCUUUGUUGACGAUGAACCUCUGACCUAUGCAUAAAAUCAUAAGUCUGACGAGUUUACUUCUUUAUACAUUCACGUAUAUAUAUAUAUACAUAUAAUAUAUAUAUAUAUUUGUAUAUAUAUAAUAUAUGUAUAAUAUAGCAUAUAAUAUGUAUAUGAUAUAUUCCCAUGUAUGUGUACGUGUACUCACACUCUUGCGUACCCGCACACAUAUUCAGGGUUUUCGUUUCGCUGCUAGCGGACGUUUCUCUUGCGAGCAGUUCCAGAGGGGGAUGAAGACAGUUGAGGUAACUCUUCCUUACUUUUCGCAGAAAAAUGCGAUAAAAAAGAAGGAAAUUUAUUAACAAUCUCAAGACUAAUUGUUGGAUUUCGAUUGAAAAAAGAUCGGGUAUGGAAUGGAUAAUCUCAAAUAAUUGGACUUAGAUGUGAAAUUGUAGAUUCGAUGCAGUCUUGAAAAUAAAGAAACGUUAACUUAUUUGAUGUAUUCGUUUAAUUCGAACUAACAUGCACUUUCAAAAUUCUUCGACAUUUUGCAAACGUAAUAUUAAAAUAUUUGCAUCUUUCUAAAUGUAUCAUUUUGGUCUAAUUGGUAUUCGUGCUAUAAAGAAAAGGCUUCAUUAAAAUUGAAUAUAUUGAAAUCUCCAGGAUAAAACGAAAGGAGAAAUCAUUAGACUGUUAUGCUUAUGUACUUAUGAGACGCAAGAAUGCUCGUAAAAGACACAGCAUUCUGAAAUAUAGAUUACCUCGAACCUCUGUUUAAAUUGUACUUCUUCAGUUGCAUUCGUGAAAAUAUGAAUCCGUGGAAACAUCCGCACUCUAAAAAUCAUCUAAUCUCCAGAACACGGAACGAGAGGAGAGAAUCUGGAUUUAUUAUUGAUCUACGGUGCUUCUAAAAUUAUUCUAAAAUUCCAAGAAAACCUAACGUCACACGAAUCGGACCCUAGCGAAAUCGCAUUCCAAAUUCCACGAACAACUUCACGAAUCACUGAAAUUACUUUACGCGGUCACGUUUCACCGUGGAUGCGACUGCAAAGCAUCCCCUCCUACAUUCUCGGCGAUUUAAUCCGCUCGCAAAAGGAACGCGUGCUGACUAGAAGACGAACACCCUGCUCGCAUUCUCCCCGUUCUCCCGCAUCAUCUAUUUUGCAGAGAGUUUUCCCUUUCUCCCGUGUAUAACCGUAAAGAAAAACACACACACACACACAUACACACAUACAGACAAACAUACACACACAAACACAAACGCAUAAUGAGAGAUAGAGAGAGCUUGUGUGUGUGCAUGCGGAAACGUGUGAAAGAAAGAGAGAGAGAGAGAGAGAGAGAGAGAGAGCGCGCGCGCGCGAGAGUGAGAUGUUCACGUUGAAAUCAAACUCAGGGGAACGUAAAGAUGAAUCGUCUCUCGAGCAACACUCAGCCAAAAAAUAUGGCGGAUCCGUGCUCGAUUCUUCGAGGGGUGCGGAUUGAUUCUAACGCGGCCUCGUUUACACGCGUUCGCUACGUGUCCUCGCGCAAGAAUAUCGCUGAAUCGAUAAUAUUUCGAUAGACAGGCCGUUGCUUGUUAAUUAAAUGGACGUGUUCUGCGGCUUGACGUUUAGAAGAUGAUAGCGAACACAGGAAGUUGCGAUACGUUUGCCGCGAUUAACGCGAGCUUCCGACUGGUUCGGUGAUACAUUCUGAGAUACAUACUGUUGAUGGAUGACCGGAAGAGGGAUAUCGCGCGAUUCUAUCGUGAAACUUGUUCGUUCGAUUUUUCUUUCUUCUUUUCUCCUUACAUAGAAUCACGGAAUUGACCGGAGUUACGGCGUAUCAAUUGUGGAGAAUUUUCGAAUUAUUAAACUUUGUAUUAAAGUAUUGUAUUCGCAGAAAUCUUUGAGUAUUUCAUUGUUACACGGUUCGUCGCAAAAAAUUGUUGAACAUUGUAAAAAUAACGAAGCAGAGGCAUCGUAUCGAGGAAAAUGUUCUAGUUUAUUCAAAACACGUUUCUCCUGUGGAGAUACAACGAUUUGCACUCUCAACUAAUGCGUUAAAUAAUUGUUGGGCGUCUUUUUAUGGAAUUCCUUUGAGAAUGCUCGUCACGGCCUUCCGGAUGUCUCGAAUGUUGUCACAGCGUUUCUCCUUCGUUGUUGUUCGAAGCCGAGGAGAUAGAAAAUAAUUGCACGAUACUAAGUCCAUCGAACAAAGUAGUUGGUGCAAUAUUUUAAUUUAUUUGUUUUCAAGAGAAGCAGUUAUGGCCGCUGCAUUAUGAGCCGGUACAUUAUUACACAACAGCACCAUAUUUUUCCGCGCAUGACCAACUCUACUCCAAUGUUAAUCGCUAUAAUUCUGCUCCUAAUGAUGACGAUGACGAAGGAUGUAUUUCUAUGUGAUAAAAUUUUCGUAUUGAUGUCGCUACUAGGUUUUUUUUAAUCUUAAGUUGCUCCGUUAUUUUUUAAACAAACUGUGUAUUUUUAUUCUAUCUUUUUGUAAAAUUGUAAAAUGUAACAGGAUACUGGAAGAUUUGAAAAUUAUUAGAGUUUGUUAAAAAUAUUGGAAACAUUGAAAUAUUUGAGAAGUUUCUGAAUUUUCGAUGUUAUUAUUAUUUGUGUAAGCAUUAGCGUAUUUUGAGAAUGUAUACUUUUGUGUCGUUUUAAAAGACUUUGAAAGUAAUUUGGUGAGAAUGUUGAAACUGUUGGAACAUUUAGAAAAUUCUUUUAUUACUAUAGGAGAUUUUUGAAAGGUUGGAAGUUUCAGAGUAAUUUAUUAUCAUUUUUCUAUUGUUUGAAAGAAUUGUAAUUAUUGAUAGACUGUUUAUCUAGAAAUUGAGAAUUAGCUUGGUGUAGAUGUUGGAAAUAUUGAGAAAUUUAAGAAGUUAGUAUAAUUAUUCGGUUUGUAAAAUACUUCGUUGUAAAUGUUGAAAAUUUUGAAGUAGACAUUUUACGAAACAUAUUAAAAUUAGUUUUCCGUAUUCUUUUAGAAUAAUUAUGAGCUUAGUACGAAUAUUACAUAUAAACAAUUUAUAUGUUGGUUUGGUAGAAAAGACAUUGAGAAAUUGAAAUGUCUGUUCUUUUGUAAAAUCCUUUCGAUUUAAUUUAAGUUAUUUAUACAAGAUUUAUAACUUCAUUUAUUUCAUCGAGAAUCUCAGCGUUUUAUUCUUUUGUACAAUUUCUUGAAGUAAAGGUAUAAAACGAAAAUCUUUUAUGAAUAAUUUUUCUCUCCUGUUAGAAUUCUACAAUUUCCUGUCAUUGAGAACGAACGAUCAAUUUUCUUGCUGUCGGAAACCCAUUUCUACGUCCUGAAUCAUCUGUCACUACAAGGGAAAGAAUUUCAUCUGUCAUUUCGGACAGGAUUUCGUUGUUCUCUGAUAAUGUUUUCCAACACGAUACCUCCUACAUCUAACGACUAUAUAAUUUAUGAAAAAUAAUGACAGUGAUUAAUUUCGAAUUAAUAAUAAUAAUAAAUUGUAUAUCUUUCGAUUAACGAAUUGUUGUUUACAAAUUAGAUAACAGAAACAGAUGCAUAAAUUCAGCUUUAUUGCUGACAAAAAUCUACAUAAAAAUAUAAUAAUAUAAAAAUAAUAAAGUAUUGCGAUAUAAGGGCGGAAAACGGUUAAAAGUAUUCGAUCGAAUAAUUAUAGUACAAGGUUAACAAUUUAACUAUUUUAAUCCAAAAAUCUCUCAUUUAAAAUAUAUUUUAAAAUAUGAGAACCUUCCUUGAUUUCCUCGUUCUCUGAAGAGCAGAUAAAGUAAUCUAUUGAGAUUAAAGAUUAUUAAAGAUUAAAAAUAAUUGCGUUCUUUUCUCUCUUAUCUAUUUUUCAUAUUUAUUUACUGUAACUAAUUAAUUAUUAUUCUCUUAAUUUAUACUAAAUUUUAAUACUCACACGAGUACGGAAAUUCCUUUUACGAUAUUUGCAUGAAACGGAUGAAUACUGUUGGUGGUAUAUUUCUAUUAACUGAAAUUUACGCUUUCUAUUAUAAAGUCUCCAUCAACCGAAAUGUAGCCUCAAUUUAAACAUCGUCAGAAGUAAAUCCCUAUUAGAAGUUUGCCACCAACCAAAAUUCACAUUAAAUUUAUAUACUAAUAGGAAUACACGAAUUUCUGUUAUGAAGUCUUUAUCAACUGAAAUUUACAUCAAAUUUGGACGCUAUAGGAAUAAGAUUCUACUAAAUCCUCUAUCGAAGAAAAUUUAUAUCAAAUUCACACACUACAUCCUUCCAAAAUCUCUUGUAAUCACUUACAACUCUCCAAGUUACCAACUGAAAUUACGAUAUAACUUUACUCAUUGAAACUCAUUAGGGGACAGUUCACGUAAUUUGACUUAAUACGAUAGCUAUGAUAGGAGACGAGUUACUGUCCUUUUUACUUAUCAUUUUUCAUUCGAAUAACGCAGUCAUAGAUUCAAUCUUCUCAGAUAGUAUCUGAUACGAAAAAUGCAGAAAUGCUGGAAACCAUAAAAAGAUAAUUACCUUCUAAAUCGUUUAUUUCGAAUUCUUCUUCGUUUUAUUGCACUGUCGAAUGAUUAAUCGAGCCCUAACUAAAAUUUUGUUCUAAUAGAUGGAGUUCUACUAUAAUACACAAGAAAACUUUAUAAAUUAACCCCUUUAAUUAACCCUUAAAAUCAAACCUUAUGGUAACUGAUUGCACGAUUAAAGAAACGAUGUCUAAUCUCUCUUUCCUCGCCAUAAAUGAAGUGAUUUAAAGCGUGUCAGCUUUAUUGCUUAUUUAAAAACUAAAUUAAGCAAACGUAACACGUGAGUACGGAAGAAUUAAAUACAAAAUAAACAUCAAGUUGCAGACGCGUCCAGGACAAACUAUAUCGAUUUUCGCCUAACACAAAACGCGUGAAAACGAGGCCGCUCAUCAUGGUAACCAGGUAUCCUCAUGUUAAAGUACAAAUUAAGGGUGUCCGAGGUUUCAAGGGGCGUAUAACAUUAACGUUCGUACGGCGGCACCAGGAGAUCCAUCCGGUUCGAUAUUGGCGCCGUCGCGUCGAUCCAUCCGCAGUCUCUUUGAUUGCGACUUAACAAAACAAUCGAGCGAUUCCCGCGAGCCGUGUGAACUCAAAACCUUCGACGACUUUAUUUUCGUACGACGCGAACGCAGACUACAGAUUUCGAAGACUGAGAACGAAAAUAAAAAAAAUGCCACUUUUAAUUGGCGCGUGGAAUCCUAUUGGACGACGACUUCCGAUUUCAAGGGACGACAGGCGUCCAAUACGAUUUCUGUGCAUCGAUCGUUCAGCCAUUUAUGCUCGAGUACACGCGGUAAGAUCGGACAUUUUUUGCAUGCGCGUUUAAUCAAACUGUUUCUCACAAUAAAUGAUCUUAUGAAACUUAACGAAAGAUCGACAAAGAAGGAAUCGAUGAGCAAUCAUAAAUGGGCUGAAUCAUCCCCCUCUUGGUUUCCUCCUGCUGGAUUUCUCCUGUUGCGUUCCUGACGAUCCCUGUUCUUCUUCUUGUUUCUUUAAACCUCCUCGUUAGACCGUACGUAUUAUAUAGCUUAGCGGUAAAUGUUUGACUGUGUCUCAAGCGAUACCUUAACUUUAAUCUACAAAUCUGUUCGUGAAUCACGUAAAUAUGUGAAUCGUUAGAGCUUGUAAAGAUCGAGGAAAUAUAAUUGUAUCCUGUGACCUUGGAAUGGUGAGUUUUGAAUUUUACCAAAAUUACAGAGAAAAUAAUACAAUUUUAUCAGAAUGGGAGAAAACAAAAUUCGAUGCUUUUUUGACGUAUCAAUAUUAAUACUUUACCGAUGGGUAGAUUUCACUGAGAAAAAUGGUUUUAUUUCAAAAAGAAAUUAAUUAAAUUAAUUGCAAUAUCCAUGUGAAAAUUUUGACUACUGCCUUUACGUUUGUUUUAAUAUUAUAUCAUUACACAUAAGGUACCAAUUGGCGUGGCCUGUCGUUGAAGUGUUAAUUCGUAUAUUAUCUAAAGAAAAAUGAAUCGAACAUGGAUUUUAUUUAAACAACUUCGUGAAUGAAUUAAAUUUUUCAGAUAGGAAAAGGACAAAUUUAUUCACGGAUUUAAAAAUUGUAUUUAUUUAAACGAUCACGUACUCAAAAACUCUUUCCAAGGUUGUCUAAAAAAAAUACAGGAAAAGGAAGAAAGAGUAAGUCCUACAGUAUAAACAGAACCUCGAGAAAAUUACGAGCUCGCUUGUCCACGUCACGAGAAAAUGAUCAGGCUGUCGACUAUCGAGGCGUCUCGAGAGAAACGAGGCAAGCGUUUGCUGUACUGCCGUGUGUUUGCUUGUUUAUAAAAAAAAAAAGAAAAAAAAAAGAAAAAAAGGGAACGUGAAAACGCACGUGGUCCGGAGAAUGUGCAGCCUUUUAGAAUUUGUUGGAGUACAUUACAUAUAUAUACACUUUUGUUUCGUCGAACUAGUCUGUAAGGAUUUACGAUUUAACAAAAGAAAAAAACAGAUAAAAAUACUAAAAAAAAAAGAAAAAGGAAAAGAAUAAAAAACCUCCUAGGAUUAUGCGAAUAAAAAUAUAUACCGAUCUAUCGAUAGAAUAUAAAUCUCGGAUUGAAAGAAUAAGAAAAAUAUUGGCGAAUACCGAUGAGACUCAACUACGCAAUAUUACAACGUGUAUGAAUUGAAAAGGAAGAAGAUGGAAUCGUGGAAGUAGCAGAAGAAGUGGAAGAGACGUUUAGAGGCAGAGAGGAAAAAAUUCGUGAAUAUACGUCAAGCGAAAAUUCUCUUCUUGCAAAAGGUCAAUUCAGUAUUACAGAGCGUUUAGAUUGUACAUUGUGAAGUUUCAUUUCGCGCUCGAACGAACGGUACGAAGCGAUCCGACGCGAUUGGCUCGCGUUGUUUCUUGGUCCUCAAUCGUUUCCAGACGGCCAACCUUGCGGUACUUGAUCUCUAAACUCUCGAGUCUGGAUCGCUCGUAGAUCUUGAGGAUCCGCGAGCUGCUAUGUUUCGUUUCUAGCAACGCGUCAAGUGCGAGAGAUUCGCUCGCAGUAGACGCUUUUCCGUUUCGUAGGUUGACAUAAUUCGAGGAAGAAAAGCGCGUUUACUCGACGACUUUGCUUAAUCGAGUCAUCUGAAUACAGGGUUGCACCCUUAACCCUCCGGGACCCAUUGUCACAUUUCACAGCUUCGAACGUUUCGUCUUUUUCAAUGAUAGAAUGAUUAGACAUAUAUAUACCUUGAUUCCUUUGAACGUUUCGCUUUUUCGUUGUCGUUUAUUUUGGCUGCAUUCUCGUUUAUAAAUCACCGAACCACCAAGUAGUUUUAAACAGAAACUUUAUUAACCCACUCGCGUCAAUUUCCUUAUCCUGAUUCUACUUGUAUAUUUAUGCUAAUCUUUUUUGACGCAGAAAUUAAAUCAAAAUUGCAGCUUGGAAUUUUAUUCGAACGAAAUAUGUUCCUGUUUGAGAUUGUAAAUACGCGAUAACGACGAUGGGAGGAACUUUUUCAUGAUGAUUCAAUUUUAAUUCAAACGAAAUACAUUUUGCGUUAAGAUCAAAUUAGAAUCGAAAUUGUAGCGUGCAGCAGCGAUGAUGAUUAAAUUUAAUUUUGUGCACGAUUGAGUUUAAAUGAAUCUUCAAUCAAAUUUUAGGAGCUUAGUAUAAUUUCUUUUUUCUUAUGGUAAGGAUACUUGGCAAAUAUCAGUUUCGCUUUUGUAAUUAGAUAUAUAUAACAUUAAUUUAUUUCGAUUUGAAAUAAACUAAGUAUCUGGUGACUUAUGGAUGAUAAUUUGCACAUUUGCAAGAGUUUGAACAGCUUCCAAUGUCCUUUAGAAAUUAUUUAGGAGGCCCUGGGUUCACGGGGGGCUAAGCGAACUGAACAUAUCAGAAUCUACGCUACGUAUUUUUCAUCAGAACAGGAUAUUUUUAAUAUUCACUGUGAACGACGCGCAUAUUUAGAACACUUCCUGUUGCUCAGCGGUUGUCUCUGGGGCAUUCAGCGGCACGCAUGCGAAUUCCUUGUUCGGUGUGCAAUGUUCCAACAAGUGUUAUCAUGUUAAACGCUUAACCGGUCGUCUUGAGGCUUUUGUUUCGUGUGACUUCCAUGAUUAAUCUUGGCGAAGGAGUGAGAAGUUCAAUGAAAUUUCAUAUUUCAUUCCAUUUCUGACGUCUGGCGGAUAUCUAAUUGAACGUUUGCAUUCAAAUUACGUCUUCGAGAAUCAAACUUAAAUCGCUUUAUAAUAAGAAUUCUAAUACAUUAAAAUGAUCUCAGAAAUACUUACAAAUUAAAUGAUAUUUGAAACA